CACACGUUUACGGAAGUUGGACAAUCUGAGUCCACCGACGACUCCGGUAGCCCAGCGGUGGCAGGUAACUGGGCAUUGGAAGGACCAUCCUCAUGAUUUGCUGAGUCACUGUGUAGUCCUGAAGUGAGAGGAGACCCCACCAUGACUCACAGGCUCUUUGAAGACAAACACCAUGCCUCUAUCUACCAGCAGUACCGCUUUGUCCCUCCUGUUGAGGUCAAGAACCUGAUCCUUCAGUACUUGGAUGAGAAGAAAGAACCACCCCAUGUUCUUGCUGUAGACCUGGGCUGUGGAACAGGACAGAACACCCGGCUGCUGGCUCCUCACUUCCAGGAGGUGGUGGGAAUUGAUGUCAGUGAGAACCAGAUUUCUGAGGCCAAUGCCGUGCCGGGCUUCCCCAAUGUCACCUAUAGGGUUGGAACUGCAGAGGAACUGCCAUUCCAGGAUGGGUCCGUAGACCUGCUGACUGCAGCCUCAGCUGCCCACUGGUUCAACCAAGAUAAAUUCUUGAAAGAGGCGAGUAGAACUCUGAAACCUCGAGGCUGUAUUGCCCUGCUGAGCUACACGGAUGCCUUGAAAUUUCAUUACAGCUCUGCUGGAGACACACUAAACUCUAUCUAUGAGGAGAUGAAGAAUAUCCUGCUGCCGUAUGCCAGCCCACAGGUGGCAGUUGUAAACAGUAAGCUGCAGGCUAUGUAUGAUGCCAUCCCUUUCCGUGACAAAAAGAGGAUUGAGAACAUCCCAGACAAGCUGAAUAUCUCAGUGAGUGAUGUAUGUGGGUUCAUUGAAACCUUCUCCUACUACCAGGCUUACCAGAGAGCAAACCCAGAGGCAGGUCAAGCCCUGCUCAGGAACACACAAACCAGGUUUCUUAAGGCAAUGGAUGUUUCAUCCCCUGAAACUAAGAUAGAAAUGGAAAUGGGGUACUUCUGUGUAUUGGCAUGCAAGCCUCAGUAGAGAGUUUGAGAGAGCAGGCAGAUAUGUAUAAUGCAUUUGCUUUUCUAUCGAAUGCCUUCAACUGUAU